GCCUACCCGCGGCCAGCGGGGGAAGGGCCGCCCCGCUCGGCGCCGCCAUUUUGGCCUGUGAGAAACAAAAGAGUCGAAGCAGAGGAGCUGGUUGGCAGACUUUUUGAACUGGAAUAAACAGCUGGAGGGACAAAUCUCUGUGUGAGGUGCCUUCUCAACUGCCACAUUGGUGUGUCUAAUGUGCCACAAGGAUGAGCCCGGCAUUUGGAGCUAUGGAAGUGGAGCACUAUUCCAAAGGCGUCCUGCUAGAGCCUUUUGUUCACCAGGUUGGGGGUCACUCCUGUGUCCUCCGGUUUAAUGACAAGACCAUCUGUAAGCCCCUUAUCCAGAGAGAACACCAGUUCUAUGAGACUCUUCCUGGAGAAAUGCGUAAAUUCACUCCUCAGUAUGAAGGUGUGGUAUCCGUAAGCUUUGAAGAGGAUGAAGACGGAAACCUGUGUCUAAUAGCAUAUCCAUUAAAUGGGGACCAUGAUAACUUAGAAAGCCUAGAUAAUUCUGACUGUGAACCCAAAAAUAAAUUGCUACGGUGGACUAAUAAAAAGACUGUAUUGCUAGAAAAUGAAAAGUUAACUAAGGAAUGGGUCCGACAGCACAGAAAAGAAGAAAAAAUGAAAAGUCAUAAGUUAGAGGAAGAAUUUGAAUUGCUGAAGAAAUCUGAAGUGUUGUAUUACAGUGUCGAGAAAAAGGGGAAUGUCAGUUCACAGUUUAAGCAUCAUAAUCCUUGGAGUAUGAAAUGCCAUCAACAGCAGCUACAGCGAAUGAAGGAAAAUGCAAAACAUCGGAAUCAAUAUAAAUUCAUCUUACUGGAAAAUCUGACCUCACGAUAUGAGGUGCCUUGUGUGUUAGAUCUCAAGAUGGGAACCCGUCAGCAUGGAGAUGAUGCAUCUGAAGAAAAGAAGGCUAAUCAGAUCCGGAAAUGUCAGCAGAGUACUUCAGCAGUUAUAGGCGUCCGGGUGUGUGGUAUGCAGGUUUAUCAGCCAGGUUCUGGCCAGUUAAUGUUUAUGAAUAAGUACCAUGGAAGGAAGCUUUCGGUCCAAGGAUUUAAAGAAGCACUUUACCAAUUCUUUCAUAAUGGCAAAUACCUGCGAAGAGAACUCUUUGAACCUGUUCUAAAGAAACUGACUGAAUUAAAAUCAGUCUUGGAGAAACAGGAAUCAUACCGCUUUUACUCCAGCUCUUUGCUCAUUAUUUAUGAUGGAAAGGAAUUACAAGACGUAGCUGUGGACUCUGACCCAGAAGACCUUGAAGGUCUUUCAGAGGAGUCAUCAGAUGAAUCGGCAGGCGCGUAUGCCUACAAACCCACUGCUAGCUCUGUUGAUGUUCGAAUGAUAGACUUUGCCCACACAACAUGCAGGUAUUAUGGAGAAGAUAGUGUGGUACAUGAGGGCCAAGAUACGGGUUAUGUUUUUGGACUUCAAAACUUAAUAGUUAUUAUUAAAGAAAUAAGGGACGAAAGCAGCGAAUAAACAUUUAGAAUGCAAAAUCUUAGAAAGCACUAUAGUGACUCUUUGUAUUCCAGAAAUAUUGACCACUUUCUGGUGGUAGCAACCUGUACAGACUCUGUUGGGAUGGCCACAUCAGAGUCAGAGCUGUGCAAAAGAGGGCAUUUCCUUUUAGUGGUGCUGGAGUUAGCACUGACACAUCUGGGUAUCUUUAUUAUUUAUUUUAACUCUCGUAAACAUUCCAUAUUUGAUUAUUCAAAUACCUCUGUUAUUCCUGUGUGUAUAUGUAUCAAUAAAAUUCUUUUUGUUCAUUGUAAA